GCUCUUUUUUCCUCUGGACUUUCUCUUCCCCUCCAUCCUUUCCUCUGACACCCAUUACAAUCACGCAAACGACCAGACCAGGCGAUUGUUCACCUCGAAUCAAACAAACAGCAGAAGCACCAAACCGAUCCACGCAAGAUAUGCUGUCACCAUUGACGGCCCCUCUUCCGACUGUCCAUCUUCCUUAUCGCGUCUCCCUUUCGAACUAACCCCACCGCUUCUGUCGCGCCCAUCAACAAACCAACCCCCUCUGUGCCAAUCCCCCUGCCGGCUAGAUCUUUUCGAGGAAUGUACCGACGGGGUCUGUGAGAAAACUAUCAUAAUCACAAAUCAAAGAGUCACAAUGGCCGUCGAGAGCUCCGAUAAAAUUCCAACUCAUGUCCAUUCGGACUCGACACAUACGGUGUCGCAUGACACCGAUUCCAUGGUGACCGUACCGUUGACUUCCAACUCAGAAGACACACAACCCGACUGGCGGACGCUAGACAUUCCUCCCACCCCGAUCGACGUGACUACGCCAACAAGCGAGAACUCAAGCGACGAAGAGACUGACGCAAGGACCACACCAACCCAAGACCCACAGAUAUUCGAGCUACAGCCAGUCGCAUAUCGCGAUGAAACCAGCUCGACUCGAUCCCGCAGGAGUGGGGAACAUGAUCGACAAGAUGAUGCGGUAGACUGGGAGGAACUCGAGAAGUCGGAAGAGCAGGAGCCUCGUUGUGAGGGAUCAGACGAGUCAACCGCGCUUCUAUUGGCACGCCUUGAACAGGAAAACAAUGCGUUGGCGACCAAUCCCAAGUCGGGCUUGCCGAAAAAGUCCCACGCCCAGCAAGUGACACAAAGGCAGUCCCGAUCUCAGUCUUUGCAUCAAAUUAAGCGCCUGAUAGACGAGGAUCCCCGGUCAUCUCUCCGAUACUCGCAAUUACCUCCCCCGCCUAUGACCGAGUUGGAAUUCUGGGCAGCCCUGGUCGCAGACUAUCCUCAAACAGCUCAGCGGCUCCCGACAUUGACUUCGAACAAGAUUAGAAGUGGUGUCCCGCCUCCCCUGCGUGGUGUCGUGUGGCCCAGCUUGGCAGGAGCCCGAGACUCGACAUUGCUAUAUGAAUACCAGAGACUAUGUGGCGAAACAAGUCCGUAUGAAGGUCUGAUCGGCAAGGAUAUAGGGCGUAGUUUCCCCAACGUGGAGAUGUUCCGUGACCCCAAUGGUGAAGGACAACAGAUGCUUGGUCGAGUACUGAAAUGUUUCAGUCUCUACGACACGAAGAUCGGCUACUGUCAAGGAUUAGGCUUUGUCGUUGGUCCCUUGCUUAUGCAUAUGACGGAUGCAGAAGCAUUCUGCGUGCUUGUGCGGUUAAUGGACCAUUAUGACCUGCGAACUUGCUACCUCCCGGACCUUUCGGGCCUCCAUCUUCGGGUCUAUCAAUUCCAGAACCUAUUGUCCCGUUUACGGCCAGGCUUAUUCGCACACCUUGAGGCACUCAAUGUGGAGCCGGUUUAUGUCUCACAGUGGUUUCUAUCGUUCUUUGCCGUCGCUUGUCCGCUCCCAAUGCUUCUUCGUAUCUACGAUGUGAUCUUCCUUGAAGGAGCCUGCGAGACUUUGAUGCGUGUUGCUCUUUCUUUGAUGACGCGGAACGAAAAGAAGAUCAUGGCUUGUGCCGAAUUUGAGGACGUCAUGCAGCUUUUGUUGUCAAGAAGUCUUUGGGACACAUACGCUUGUCAUGCGGACGAAUUUGUCAACGAUUUUGUCUCCCUCACAUCGCUUGUUACGAAGGAGAGUCUCCAAGCUUUGGAGGCCAGCUAUAAUCAGUCCCAGGGUGUGCCGACCGGUAUCUCUUUCCCCCAGAUGCAAGCCACAGCCUCACGAUUCCUUGGGCGGCUUUGGGCCGGUUCCUCCCACAACUCCACCAAGUCGGUUAAUCUCAACCCUAACGCCGCUAGCGCGGCUAUCCGGCGAUCGGCGUCUAAACAAAGCAUGACCUCCACACUCAACUCGGUUGAGUCGAUAUCCGACGCUAGCACUGCACCGACAGAGCUAUCGACGGACGCGCCGAAGCCGCGUGCGAAAUCUGCAAUGUCGCAACACAAGGACCGCGACCUUCACACGCAGAUUGAGGAUCUGUUAAUGGCCCUUAGUGAUCUGCAACGACAACAUGCGGAUCUGACGCGCGAAUUGCAGCAGGAGCGUGAGGAGCGUGAGGAAGACCAAGCGCUGGCCAAGUCAAUGUUGGAGUACAUCAAACGGACCAGCGAUGAGCCCCCAAUGGACUUGGUUCACAAAGCCGACGCACGCUUCGCCACGGUAGAAUCCGCGAAGCAUGUCCCAAUGGAUCAGACAAAGCAACAACUCCGGGAUGACCUCAAGCGUUGGAAGGAGAUGCAUGCGACAGAAGCCAGCCGAUGCUCAGGUCUCACACGACGAAUUGACGAGAUCGACAAAGAUAACUCGUCAUUGCGGGAACAGCUCCGAGAAGCGCGUGGCCGGAUCCAGGAUAGUUAUCGGGAGCGACAGCGCCUGGAACGCAUGGUACGCGAGCUGCGCACCGUCAAAACUCGUACCUCGGAUACUCCACCAGAGUCCUAUGGAUCUCCUACGAGCGACACCAGCGAAGGAUACACGAGUACAGGUCUGCGAGAACUCAGAUUGGUGCGGACCAACUCGCAGAAGAGCCAGAAGAGUCAGCAAAGCACAUUUAACAAGCGGUCCAGUAGCCUGGGAUUGCAGUCAGUGCUGGCAACUGAGAACAACAAGCCAGCAGCGGAAGAAGCGUUGCUUCUGGAACUGGUGAACGCGAAGACUGCGGAAGCAGUGGCACGACAGGAACUCGAAGAAGUUAAGGGAAAGCUCGAUGCACUGCGCAAGGCGGUGUCGCGGAAUGGCCAACCGACGGAGGCCCGAAAUUCGUUCCUUGGACGAUCGUCCUCCAGCUUAGGUAUAGCCAAAGCACCCACGGAGCCGCCAAACGGAGGAGGGCUCUUCAGUGGUUGGGGACGACGAGCUGUUUCAACCAGCAAUGAGACAUUUGAUGGCCGAUAGUCCAGAGGAUGCAUGUACUAAUUUUCAAAGUACAGAGGGGCUCGGUCCGAAGUUGUAUCCUGAUGUGUACUUUUAUUGGAGUAAACAGGAUUCGGUGUUGGAUUGAUAUGAUAUCCGUGUAUAUGUAUACCUGCAUAGCUAGAUCAUAGUCCU